UACCUGGGAGGUUUUGUUCUUGUAAUGGCGGCGAAGAAGGGUCUAAAACCCUUUGGGUAAAAAUACUCACAAUUUAUCCCCAAAACACUCUUUAAUUAUGCUAAAAACGAUGUAGAUCAGUGGAAAUGCUAUUAGUACUCAUGGAAACGUUACUUUGGAAUGUGUGAAAGCUAAACUCGAGCUUGAGAAGUUAUUGAGAAGUAUGGUUUCCACAACAUCGACACCAACUUCGUCCACUCAUACAACAACGACUUCUCCGUUUUAUCUCUUGCGAAACGAGCCUCCGACCCCUACAGACAUCAAUGGCAGCUCGAAUCUUCUUGUACAAAAUGGUCUAGAACAGUCGUAUCAGAAGUUCUGUGGCAAAAAAGUCAAGGAAAAUCUUAGUGCCUUUCUUCCACACCUACCAGGUUAUAUUGAUGAAAAAGGAACCCCAGAAAAUAGCCUAAGGUCUGUGAUUGACAAGCCACCCAUCGGAGGGAAGGAGCUUCUUCCACUUCCAAGCCAUGCACUAUCUGGCUUUAGGCUUAAUCCUGGACCGAUUCCAGAACAGUUUAGAUUUAUGACGCAACAACCCACCAAAAAGAAACAUAAACAUAAGAAGCACAAGAGCCAGGACGGAGAGCGUGCAAAGAGCUUGGUGGAUACAGUCAUAGCGACAGGCCUUCCUGGACAACCAUCUCCUGCUGAUUCUAAACUUGAUGGUGGUCAUGAGAGAAAACACAAGAAGCAGAAGAAACAUGAUGAUGGUGAAAGAAAGAAAAAGAAGAAAGACAAGAAAAAGAAAAAGAGACAUACUCCCGACCCUGUUGGCCCUGGCGAUGGCUCCCAGUCUGGGCGGGUAUAGCAACACAUCUAUGCACAUAAAUUAUUUUAUUGAAUGUGACACAUGUACAGUGCAUGAUAUGAGAGACGGCAAUGUAUAAAUACGUCCAUACCCUAUAGGGAUAGCCAAUUCCCUUUAGUCUAAACAAAAUUACAUUAAACAAAUCUGAAAAGAGUCAAACCUUUGAUGGGAAAAGCCUAUUCCGAGAAGUAAAUACAAGAAAACAAUGUAUACAGCAACUCUAAACACAAAAAUAUGGGUUGUUUUGCUCAGCAUGUUGAGUAGCCAUUGUUUUUCUAAGCUUGAACCUUUCUUUCAAUGAAAGAGUGUUUGAAUAACACUGGCGAAACCCUUCCUUGUAAAAAAGUGGUACAGUAUGGCUUAACGAUAAAACCUCAUGAUGUAUGUAAACCUGUACUAACUACACAAAGGAAAACACGCCCCAUGCCUUUACCAUUAUGGCUUUUGGGGCCAGCAUAGCCAAGACAUUCUGGAGGAGCUACUAUUUCAGUAUAGGUGACACAGUUAUUUAUAGAGGAGAAGUAAAGCUCCCAAGACAGAGUUGAUGUGUAUUGUGAGAGCUCGUUCAAGGGGACAACCCCACCUCCAAAAUUGUGGAACUAUUUCGGAAGCAAUACAAACUUGAUGUUUCGUAAAAUUUAUGAUAAAAGCAUUUCUACUGAUACUCAUUUUCUGUAAAAAAAACCCAUUCUUUAUUGUCUCAUAAAAUAUCUGCCGUAGAGAUGCCUAGGCUCGAUUUCGAGCUCGUUUCUGUGAGCCCGCAGUACGUUCCCCCAUCGCCAAUGAGGCCUAGCGACGGCUGGAAUUCGAGCCUAAAAGAUGCCUUGUUAUCUUUUAUAUUUGGCUAUGUACAGAUAUUAAACAUUCCUUAUCUGUUGAA